AAAAAAAAAAAGAGCCUGGACUUGAUGGACUCUUGAACCUUCAUGAUCUGAUCCUCGUCUUCUCCAGGGAGUUCAUCUUCGCCAAGUAAUAGAUCAUUUGACCGGCUUUACAUUCAUCGGUUUGAUUCUAUUUCUACCGUCCAGAAUGGGGAGCGUCAACACAGAAAAACUCAGGUUCUGUAUCGACAGAGGGGGCACAUUUACUGAUGUUUAUGCAGAAAUCCCUGGUCAUUCUGAAGGUCAAGUAAUGAAGUUGCUAUCUGUUGAUCCAUCCAACUAUGAUGAUGCACCAGUUGAAGGAAUUCGUAGGAUAUUGGAACAAUAUACCGGGCAGAAGAUUCCUCGUAGUUCAAAAAUCCCAACAGAUAAGAUAGAAUGGAUAAGGAUGGGUACAACCGUAGCCACCAACGCAUUGUUGGAAAGAAAAGGAGAAAGAAUUGCACUGUGUGUAACCAAAGGCUUUAAAGAUCUUUUGCAAAUUGGUAAUCAGGCUCGCCCGAAUAUAUUUGAUCUCAAAGUUUCUAAACCUUUGAAUCUUUAUGAAGAGGUUAUAGAGGUUGACGAAAGGAUUGAGCUUGUUUCAGACUCGAAAGACGAAAAUCAUGAACCUUCUUCUUCGGAAUCGCUCGUGAAAGGGAUAUCAGGCGAACAUGUCAGAAUCGCGAAGCCACUCGACGAAAAAUCUCUAACUCCUUUACUUAAAGGUCUCUUAGAGAAAGGAAUAAGCUGUUUAGCUGUGGUUUUGAUGCAUUCUUAUACUUAUCCUCAUCAUGAAAUGUCUAUAGAGAAAUUAGCUGUUAGUUUGGGCUUCAAACAUGUAUCAAUCUCGUCCGCCUUAACCCCAAUGGUUCGAGCUGUUCCUCGAGGUCUAACUGCUAGUGUUGACGCCUAUUUAACGCCGGUAAUCAAGGAAUACUUAUCAGGAUUCAUAUCUAAAUUCGACGAAGGAUUGGGAAAACUUAAUGUCUUGUUUAUGCAAUCAGAUGGAGGAUUAGCCCCCGAAGAUUCGUUUUCAGGUCAUAAAGCGGUUUUGUCUGGUCCUGCCGGCGGUGUGGUUGGUUAUUCACAAACAUUAUUCGGACUUGAAACAGAAAAGCCCUUGAUUGGAUUCGAUAUGGGAGGAACAUCAACCGAUGUGAGUCGAUAUGCAGGAAGCUAUGAGCUAGUUUUGGAAACCCAAAUAGCUGGUUCGAUUAUCCAAGCACCCCAGCUCGAUAUCAACACAGUCGCUGCUGGAGGAGGUUCCAAGCUAAAAUUCCAAUUUGGAGCUUUCCGGGUGGGGCCUGAAUCGGUUGGUGCUCAUCCAGGCCCUGUUUGUUAUCGUAAAGGAGGCGAACUUUCGGUUACAGAUGCCAACUUAGUGUUGGGAUACAUAGUUCCUGACUAUUUCCCUUCAAUCUUCGGUCCAAAUGAAGAUCAACCUCUAGACGUGGAUGGAACGAGAAACGAGUUUAAAAAACUGGCCAAACUAAUCAAUUCCCAUCGAAAAUGCCAGGAUUCGUCGGCAAAGGACAUGAGCAUUGAAGAGAUUGCUCAGGGAUUUGUGAACGUCGCUAACGAGACGAUGUGCAGGCCAAUUCGACAACUAACCGAGAUGAAAGGGCACGAGACGAGGAACCACGCCCUAGCUUGCUUUGGAGGUGCUGGCCCGCAACAUGCUUGUGCUAUCGCUAGAUCAUUGGGUAUGAAAGAGGUUUUAAUUCAUAAGUUUUGUGGAAUUCUAAGCGCUUAUGGGAUGGGAUUGGCUGACGUAAUUGAGGAUACGCAAGAACCCUAUUCUGCAAUUUACAGCGAGGAAUCUAUAAUCGAGAGUUCCGAAAGAGAAGCAGUUUUACUGAAACAGGUCAAGAAGAAGUUGUUUGAGCAAGGAUUUGGAGAAGAGAAUAUUAUAACGGAAACUUAUUUGAAUUUAAGGUAUGAUGGUACUGAUACAGCUAUCAUGGUAAAGAAACAAUCUGAAAACAAUGAUUAUUCCGAGGAAUUUGUUAGGAUGUUCGAGCGGGAAUAUGGAUUCAAAUUAGUGAACAGAAAUAUCCUUAUAUGCGAUGUCAGAAUUCGAGGGAUUGGAAUCACGAAUAUUUUAAAGCCGAGGAUAUUACAGACAGAAAACGAGUCGUCGGCUAAAGCUUCAGGCUUUUACGAGGUUUACUUCGAGAAUAAAUGGCACCAGACGCCUCUAUUCAAACUGGAGCAGUUGAGUUUCGGGCACGAGAUUCUUGGACCAGCAAUUAUAAUGAACGGAAACAGUACUGUCAUCGUUGAACCGAAAUGUACUGCUCAGAUUACACGAUACGGGAACAUAAGAAUAUCGAUUCAAUCAUCAUCCGCAAUCACGAACACGUCACAAAAUGUUGCCGACGUUGUUCAGCUUUCAAUCUUCAACCACAGGUUUAUGGGUAUAGCCGAGCAGAUGGGUCGCACCCUUCAAAGAACGUCGAUUUCUACUAACAUAAAAGAACGGUUAGAUUUCUCUUGCGCGUUAUUCGAUCCAAAUGGAGGUCUAGUUGCCAACGCCCCUCACGUCCCGGUUCACUUAGGGGCAAUGUCGAGUACGGUUAGGUGGCAGAUUGAUUACUGGGGAGAGAAUUUGAAAGAAGGCGACGUUUUAGUAACUAACCACCCUUGUUCUGGCGGUAGCCACCUCCCAGACAUAACUGUAAUUACGCCAGUUUUCGAUAAGGGUGAUAAUUUAGUAUUCUUCGUCGCGAGUAGAGGUCAUCACGCCGAAAUCGGUGGUAUAACUCCUGGGAGUAUGCCACCGUUUUCAAAGUUCAUUUGGGAAGAAGGAGCUGCUAUUAAAGCUUUCAAGCUCGUCGAAAAGGGGAUCUUUCAGGAAGAAGGAAUUAUCGAGCUGCUUAAAUGUAGCCGUAGGAUUCAGGACAAUUUAUCGGAUCUUCGAGCGCAGGUAGCGGCUAACCAAAGAGGAAUAUCGCUUAUUAAAGAACUCAUUGAACAAUACGGCCUCGAGAUCGUUCAAGCAUACAUGAAACACGUCCAGACGAACGCUGAGGCGGCUGUUAGAGAAAUGCUCAAAUCCAUUUCAGUUAAUUCGGUUAUUGAAGAAGAGGAUUAUAUGGACGACGGUUCGACAAUAAAGUUGAAACUCACAAUUGAUUCUGAAAAAGGAGAGGCUGAUUUCGACUUCUCCGGGACCACCUCCGAGGUUUACGGAAACUGGAAUGCUCCGGAAGCAGUUACAGCCGCUGCAGUAAUUUACUGUCUUCGCUGUUUAGUAAACGUCGACAUUCCUCUAAACCAAGGGUGUUUGGCUCCGGUUAAGAUCCACAUUCCCACAGGAUCCUUUCUCUCCCCCAGCGAUAAGGCGGCUGUUGUCGGCGGCAACGUUCUGACCUCCCAGAGAAUAACCGACGUCGUGCUGACAGCAUUUCGUGCUUGCGCCUGUUCUCAGGGCUGCAUGAAUAAUCUGACUUUCGGCGACGAUAGUUUUGGCUACUACGAGACAAUUGGCGGAGGGAGUGGGGCAGGACCCACGUGGGACGGGACAAGUGGUGUCCAGUGUCAUAUGACGAAUACUAGGAUGACGGAUCCAGAGAUAUUCGAACAGAGGUAUCCUGUUAUUUUGAGGAGGUUCGGGUUGAGAGAAAAUAGUGGAGGGGAUGGUGUUUUUCGAGGCGGAGAUGGGAUCGUUAGGGAGAUUGAAUUCAAGCGAGGUGUAGUUGUGAGCGUGUUAUCGGAGAGAAGAGUUCACGCUCCGAGAGGAUUGAAUGGCGGGAAAGAUGGGGCUCGAGGAAUGAAUUAUCUCGUUAGGAAGGGUGAUAAUAGGAAGGUUUAUGUUGGGGGUAAGAAUACGAUUGAGGUUCGGGCCGGUGAUGUUCUUCAGAUUCUUACUCCGGGAGGCGGCGGUUGGGGAGCUCCUCCUCGUCGAGAAUAAAAUAACUAACAUCGUAUUAAUAAUAAUGAAACUUUGGACUUUUGAAUAUUUUGUUAAUUGAAUAAAUUGUGACAAAAUUUGUAUUCAAAUUUGCACAUUCAA